GGAGCUGCAGCCGCCUGGAGCCGGGAGUGGGCAAAGCGGCGUGAGCAGCGGCCCCAGGCUCCAGGAGCAUCGCGCUCGGAGAAGAUUUCGCCGCUCGGGGCCGCAGCCUGGUGAGCUCAGCCCCCUUCAGGCCCUCCCCUGCAUCCCAACCAGGGCCUCGCCGAGCCGGCGCUGAUCGAUGCCGACACACCCCGGGGACCCUAUCGCGACUCCAUCGCGCCAUAUCGCGACAUCAUCGUGCCCUGUCGAGACUCCAUUUUGUCACAGCCCUUUUCAAUAUAUAGCUAUAUAUUUUUUUUAAUUUGCCCUGUCAUCUUUGGGGGCUGUCCAUGUCGUGAUUUUGCCGUGAUCUCUCCGUGACAUCACCGCGCCAUCGUGAAGUGUGAUCUCAUCGCCGCCCUGUCGUGACUUCAUCAAUGUCGUGUUGUGACCUGGCUGCGGCGGGACAGGUGGUGACCGCCAGGAACCCUCUUCCCCUUCUCAUCUCCCCAUCUCAGCAGCCCCGCUUCGAUUAUCCGGCUUUUGGAUUCUCCGUUGUCCUGGGAGCUACCCCGGACCCCUUCUUGCUUCUCCAGCCCCUGCCGGCAUCCACUGACUGUUGGGCAAGGCGGGCAUCAUGGCCUCGGAUUGUGAGCCAGCUCUGAACCAGGCAGAGAGCCGAAACCCCACCCUGGAGCGCUACCUGGGAGCCCUCCGUGAGGCCAAGAAUGACAGUGAGCAGUUUGCAGCCCUGCUGCUAGUGACCAAGGCAGUCAAAGCAGGUGACAUCGAUGCCAAAACUCGGCGGCGGAUCUUCGAUGCCGUAGGCUUCACCUUCCCCAAUCGUCUCCUGACCACCAAGGAGGCACCAGAUGGCUGCCCCGACCAUGUUCUCCGAGCCCUGGGUGUGGCCCUGCUGGCCUGCUUCUGCAGUGACCCUGAACUGGCCUCCCAUCCCCAGGUCCUGAACAAGAUCCCCAUCCUUAGCACCUUCCUCACUGCCCGGGGGGACCCGGAUGAUGCUGCUCGCCGUUCCAUGAUUGACGACACCUACCAGUGCCUGACAGCUGUGGCAGGCACACCCCGUGGCCCCCGGCACCUCAUUGCUGGUGGCACCGUGUCUGCCCUGUGUCAGGCAUACCUGGGGCAUGGCUAUGGCUUUGACCAGGCCCUGGCACUCCUAGUGGGGCUGCUGGCUGCUGCUGAGACCCAGUGCUGGAAGGAGGCGGAGCCCGACCUCCUGGCCGUGUUGCGGGGCCUCAGUGAAGAUUUCCAGAAAGCUGAGGAUGCCAGCAAGUUUGAGCUCUGCCAGCUGCUGCCCCUCUUUCUGCCCCCGACAACCGUGCCCUCUGAAUGCCUCCGGGAUCUGCAGGCCGGGCUGGCACGCAUCCUGGGCAGCAAGCUGAGCUCCUGGCAGCGCAACCCUGCACUAAAGCUGGCAGCCCGCCUGGCGCACGCCUGCGGCUCCGACUGGAUCCCAGCGGGCAGCUCCGGGAGCAAGUUCCUGGCCCUGCUGGUGAAUCUGGCAUGUGUGGAGGUACGGCUGGCACUGGAGGAGACAGGCACAGAAGUAAAAGAGGAUGUGGUGACCGCCUGCUACGCCCUCAUGGAGUUGGGGAUCCAGGAAUGCACCCGCUGUGAGCAGUCACUGCUCAAGGAGCCACAGAAGGUGCAGCUCGUGAGCAUCAUGAAGGAGGCCAUCGGGGCUGUCAUCCACUAUCUGCAGCAGGUGGGGCCAGAGAAGCAGAAGGAGCCCUUUGUGUUUGCUUCGGUGCGGAUCCUGGGGGCCUGGCUGGCCGAGGAGACCUCAUCCCUGCGCAAGGAGGUCUGCCAGCUGCUGCCCUUCCUUGUGCGCUAUGCCAAGACCCUCUACGAGGAGGCCGAGGAGGCGAAUGACCUCUCCCAGCAGGUGGCCACCCUGGCCAUCUCCCCCACCACCCCAGGGCCCACCUGGCCAGGGGAUGCUCUCCGGCUCCUUCUGCCCGGCUGGUGCCACCUGACUGUUGAAGAUGGGCCCCGGGAGAUCCUGAUCAAGGAGGGAGCCCCCUCACUUCUGUGCAAGUAUUUCUUGCAGCAGUGGGAACUCACAUCCCCAGGCCAUGACACCUCAGUGCUGCCUGACAGUGUGGAGAUCGGCCUGCAGACCUGCUGUCAUAUCUUCCUCAACCUUGUGGUCACCGCACCAGGGCUGAUCAAGCGAGAUGCCUGCUUCACAUCUCUUAUGAACACCCUGAUGACGUCGCUGCCCUCACUAGUGCAGCAGCAAGGGAGGCUGCUUCUGGCUGCCAAUGUGGCCACCCUGGGUCUUCUCAUGGCCCGGCUCCUCAGUACCUCUCCAGCUCUUCAGGGAACACCAGCGUCCCGAGGUUUCUUCGCAGCUGCCAUCCUCUUCCUAUCACAGUCCCAUGUGGCGCGGGCCACACCUGGCUCAGACCAGGCAGUGCUGGCCCUGUCCCCCGACUACGAGGGCGUCUGGGCCGACCUGCAGGAGCUCUGGUUCCUGGGUAUGCAGGCCUUCACAGGCUGUGUGCCCCUGCUGCCCUGGCUGGCCCCGGCCGCCCUGCGCUCCCGCUGGCCACAGGAGCUGCUCCAGCUGCUGGGCAGCGUCAGCCCCAACUCUGUCAAGCCUGAGAUGGUCGCCGCCUAUCAGGGCGUCCUGGUGGAGCUGGCACGGGCCAACCGGCUGUGCCGGGAGGCCAUGAGGCUACAGGCGGGUGAGGAGACAGCCAGCCACUAUCGCAUGGCUGCCCUGGAGCAGUGCCUGUCAGAGCCCUGAGCAGGUGUCCACUGGGGACAGACCCAGGGGCGUGCAGCGAGGGAAGGAGGGAGGAGGCAUCUUCCCUGAAGCUCCCAAACUGGACCCCCCUCCCUAGACUCCCCCCACACACACACACGACAUCCCAGCUUUCUGGCUUUUCCGAGGGCAAGGGCACAGUGCCCAUCCCUCAAGUGUAAGGAACUGCGUCCCGCCCCCCGGGCCCCCAUGGGGGCAGGGAUUGGCUUGAAAAAUCAACAUAGCUAUCGCUGCCAGGCCGGGGAAUGUUGGAGCAGCCCCCAGGGAGGGGGGCACUAGGUGUCAUUGUGCCCUGUGUCAGACUCCCCCACGGGAGGGAGGCCCCAGGAUGGGAUAGGGCUGGCAGGAGCUGGCUGCCUCAGCCCAUGUGCCCUGCCGGCCAGGGCGUGGGCUCCCCUAGGCUGUGGUGCCCCCUCUAGCCUCCCAGUCCACGUCCUUCCAAUUGGCCAUUUGGCCCUUGCCCUUAGCCCCUUGGCAGAGAGCAGACUCAGGCCAUUGACAUCGCAGUUCUUCCUAUCAACUUCAGUGACCCAGGGUCUGAACUGCCUCAUCCUUCCAGGAAGACCUGGGGCAGACAGGCCUGGUGUGUGGGUGGGGAAACCUCCUUCCACCUGAGCUUCCUUGAGGGGACCCAGGAGUCCUUAGGCCCUGGCCUCUAAGCUUUUGUGUCAUGUUGCAGCAGAGUGACGAUGGGGGUUGGGGGGUUAUUUAUUUUGCCUGUCCUUAUCCCUGCUUGGACACCUGAGCAUCUGAUCCCUGUCCUCCUAGUGCCAUCUGGCUUGACUGGAGCCAGGAACAGGAGGGACACUUCUCCAGAAUCCGCAUGUUUCCCUAGUGAUUGCACCCCAUCACCAUCGUGGUGCCUGGCUUUAAUCCCCACCCCUGCUUAGGAUCCCUCUCUGCAGAGAGACGCGACUGGCGACUCCAGCAGGGACUACUUUUCUUAUGAUCCCGGGGGACCCCCCCACACACAACCUGAUCCCUUACUUCCAUUUCCCCCUUCCUUCCCCCAGUGCGUUCUGUGAUCGCCAAGUUCAAAGCUGUGCACAUGCGGACACUCAAUAAAUGUUCAUUGGUGACAAGAUGGUUCCUGUGUGGU